AUGAAAUCUUCCACCGGACAACAUUUUCAGUUCGUUCGCGACUACCUCCUUCACUGGUCUCUCCUGUACUUUGCUGGCUGUGUUUCGAAUGAUCAUACCACUACAAAGCAGAGGCCUUUCAACAACACGAUCCCAGCCCUCCUUGUGUUUGGCCACUCGACUGUCUACCCCGGAAACAAUGACUACGUUAACACAGUCUUUAAGGGAAAUUUUCCACCCUAUGGCCGAGAUUUCGCCAAUCAUGUAGCGCUGGAAGUUUCAUAUGCAGGGGUCAAGGAUUACCUGCCUCCCUAUCUGAACCAGAGUUCGCACAUAGAAGAGCUGAUGACCGGAGUUAGCUUUUGCCUCGGCUGGAUCGAGAAUGCAAUACCUCUGCCGCAACAGCUGGAGCUUUUCCAAGAGUACAGGAAAAGGCUUGAGGAUGUAGCUGGGAAGGAAAAGACUAAUGAUUUCGUAAAAAAGUCAGUUUUCUUAGUUAGUACCGGCAUGAACGAUUUUGCUUUGAAUUAUUUCACUGCACAGUUACGAAGGUUGGACUUUUCCAUCUCCUAUUACGAGUAG